UAACUAAUUUGAUGAAUGAACAAUGUUGCGCCCAAUUCAAUCGACUAUUGAUAUCGAUCGAUGUCUCGAAAUGAACAGUUCCGUUAUUUAUUUUUGACAGUAGGUAUGUGGAUGGUAAUACUGAAUAUAGAACAGUUUGAAGUAUGUGCACCUGACGACUUACAACAGACCGUUAUUCGUGGCCCUACUCGGUGAUCUACUAAGCUGAAUAAAAUAAACGCUCCACAGACUACUAAGAGAAUUUAUGUUAUUAAUGAACUUGUUUUGUGCGUGAUAUUAAGUGUAUAAUCUAUGUGCGUGAAUGCACUGUUAUGUGAUGUUGUGUCUUACUGUUUAGCUGGAUUUAAUUAAAAUAAAUGCCGAGGAGAAAGUUUGUAACGAAACUAAAAAACCUAUCUCGUUUUCAGUUCCUAAUAAUUUUAAUUUUAGUGAAUUAAAUAUUGUAGAACAUUUUUUCGUACAGUAAGGUGAAGUGCGAACAAUGAAAUUAAGCCCGGAGGAGUUCGUUAACCAGCUCCUGACUAAGGAAGCCAGCGAACAACCCUCUGAUGAUGUUAAGCCUGAAGAACUGGUGAUGGAGCUACCGGAAUGGUUCGACGAAAAACAAUUUAACCAGGCGCGGAAGUUCUACGACGAGAACAGCUAUUCGUUCUCGUCGUCCAUGCUACAGGGUCUAGUGGCUGUUCUCUCGGUGCCUUCUAUACUCCGUGUCCUGGUCGGCACGCGACGCUCCAGCUCCGUUUUCACAGCCUACAAACGGUAUCUGUCCACGCUUCUGCACACGAUCUCCUGGUUCGAACACGAACUGAAGCCCGGAAGCAUGUCCUGGAGGUCACUGUACGCAGUGAGGAGUCGCCACGUCAAAGCAUCAUUAGCCUCAAACGCUAAAGGAACCGGAGUGGUAUCGCAGAGAGACAUCGCUCUCACGCAAUUCGGCUUCAUCGGAUUCUCGGUACUAAAACCCGACUUCUUUGGCAUAAGGCAGCUGGGCGACGGCGACUGGCAAGCUUACAAUCACUUCUGGAGGGUCAUAGGAUACAUGAUAGGACUGGAUGACAGGUACAACAUUUGCCGUGAAACAAUAGAGGAGACUCGCGAAGUAUGCCAAUUGCUAUUGGACCGAGUUUACACGCCGUGUCUGGAGAAUGCGCCCGAGUAUUUCGAGCAUAUGGCCCGCGUCAUGCUCGACGGUAUGUGGUGCAUCAACCCUACAGUCGACCUCGAAGCCAACAUGUACGGAUGCCGAUACUUGGCCGACGUCCCGGGGUACAUCUACACGGAGCGCGACAGGAUAGAGCUACAACAGAAAUUGAGGAAGCAUUUAAAAGGGAAAUCCCUUGAUACCGGCGUAGACUCGUCGCUGCUGAUGAGCCAACCAGCCGUCGAUGGUCUCCCGGAACGGGCGCCGCGUCUCCUCUACUACAACGACUACAACACGAUCGAGACCGCACCGGCCUACAAACAGCUCGGCCUCAAAUCGAAAUAUAAACUGGCGUGCUUCAACAUAUACAUGUGCCUCUAUACCACGUUCAUUGGUCGUUGGUAUUUCAACGCCAAUUUCAAAUUCAGCUUGUUCCUAAUGAGAUACUUCCCGUUUUUGGCGUUCUUCAGAUUCGGCGUUAGGAAUUCAUACGUGAAUAUUUUCGUGGAGGACCUUACAUCGGACACUAAGCCUAAGAUCAACUCUGAAUAUUAUAAGCCACAGGAGCCGACGCCGUGGUACAGAACAGUUUUGGAACUGCUAUUUUAAAGAUUCGUGAUAUAUAAUUAACUUUGAAGUCGUCGCGGCCUAAAAGAUUAGUCGCCCGGUGCGUUCGUAUCGAGCGAUGCGAUUCCGAUUUGAGCUACCGACGCGCGUGGACGUGCUCAUUGUUCGUUCGAUUGCCCGACCUCGGUUCGUGGCACAUCUGGCGUCCAAGUGUUUUGUCGGAAGUGACUACCGGUGAUAAUAGAUCAUUGUUCGUGGCACAUCUGUGGCCCAAGUGUUUCUCGGAAUUUGUACCUGCGCCUAAUUACAAGGCAUUGCCGCCCGGAAACUGUGCAGUGGUUCUAUUCACUCUAAUUCUAUUCUAUUUAUUCUAUUCACUAAAAUUUCUAAAAUUCCUAGAAUCGCUUCGGCCAAUUUAGUGUUACCGACGCAGGGGCCUCGCCGCAAGGCGAGCGCGUGUUUAAGUCCCGGGGCAGCCCCCCCUGGGCAGUCCGAAGAAAUGGAGUUUUCUCCAACCAACACACUGCUCGCGGAAUUCUUAAGCGAGAAAUACCCGGCCCUCGAAUCAGAAUUUUUAGCUUACAAAGCUAAACGCGCCGUGAACUGUUCUGCCGUGCCCGCCGCGCCCGCCGUUUCCGCCACGCCUGCCGUUCCCGCGUCCCCUGCAAGCGCGCGCAAAACUCCCGCGCCGUACACCGCAGCCUCCGUCGCGCCCAGCACACCCGUGUCCCCCAUACUGUCGCGAAAAACUCCCGGGUCUACCGCGGCAGCUUCCGUUUUACCUCAGCGAUCGUCUGCGGCCUCCGUCGCGUCCGCCGCUCCCGCGCCUUCCUCCUCGUCCUCCGACUCUGACUCGGAUAUGGAGGUUGACCUCGUUCCCGCCUCAUUAACAGAUGGAUUCACUCUCGUGCAAAAGGGUAAGAAGCGCGCCGCGGAGUCCCGAGCUUCCGCGGCCGCUAAAAUAAGCAAAGCCGCGAACGCGUCGCGCCCCCGCCCUCCGACCCCCGUCGCUCCCUGUCCCCGUGCCACGCCGUCGCCGCACCCGGUGGCACAAACGAGAAUUCAGGCCCCUCCUCCGUUGAUUCUUCAAGAGAAGGCUGCUUGGGACCGUAUCUCCCUGGCCCUUAAGGCCAAAAACAUAAAUUUUGUCAGUGCCCGUAACCUCGCGAACGGGAUACAGAUAAAAGUAGCAACACCCGACGACCAUAGGGCCCUCUCAAGCUACCUCCGAAAGGAGUGUAUAAGUUAUCAUACGUAUACGCUCCAGGAGGAGCGUGAGCUCCGUGCAGUCAUACGUGGCAUCCCCAAGGAGUUAGAUGCCGAGCUCGUAAAGGCCGACCUACUCGAACAAGGCCUACCCGUAAACUCCGUGCACCGCAUGCACACAGGACGCGGGAGGGAGCCAUACAAUAUGGUUCUCGUCGCCCUCCAGUCUACCCCCGAGGGUAAGAAAAUCUUUAACGUCCGAACUGUCUGUAGGCUUUCCGGAAUCACCGUGGAAACCCCUCAUAAAAAAGGCACUCCGAGCCAGUGCCACAAUUGUCAGUUGUACGGGCAUUCUUCCCGUAAUUGUCACGCGCGCCCUCGAUGCGUCAAGUGUUUGGACGAUCACGCCACGACUCUUUGCACUCGCGAUCAAAAAACCGCGACGGAACCACCUAGCUGCGUCCUGUGCCGAACACAGGGUCACCCCGCGAAUUACCGUGGAUGCCCUCGAGCCCCUAAAAUAAAUCGCCGCGUCGCGCGUCAAAACCGCCUCCGAGCUUCCGGCCCUGACAUCAAAGCCACGGCACCCUCUGUGCCGAAGGCUAAGCCUGCCUUCGUGCCGGCGCCGGUGCCCAGCGGCUCGGCCUGGGCUAAACCGUUGCCGUACACGAACACGGCUGUAGCUCCCUCCCCCGCGAUUCGUCCUGUCCCCGCGAUACGUCCCUCCCCCGUGAUUCGUUCUUCCCCCGCGACCAGCACUCCGACCGCGUCCGACAAUCUCGCUCUAGCGAUCGACUUUUUUCAGUCGAUCAACUUUGAGCGUGUUAAUGCUUUGGGUGACGCCAUUCGCGCCGCCUCCACUGCACAACACUUCAUCGCCGUUGUGCAAGAAUACGCUGACGUAUACGCGUCGUUAAAUACGUACGUCCUCCCCUCGCUCCGCCGGUAAUCAAUGGCGUACAUAAGUAGAAUAAAGCCCCUAUCCGUAACGAUAGGAUUUUUUAACGCUUACGGUCUCGCAAAUCAACGUGAUCAGGUUUGUGAUUUUUUGCGUGACCAUCAAAUUGACAUCUUUUUGGUGCAGGAGACCCUGCUUAAGCCCGCGCGCCGCGACCCUAAAAUCGCGAACUAUAACAUGGUUAGGAACGACAGGCUCACUGCUCGUGGUGGUGGUACCGUCAUUUACUAUAGACGAGCCCUGCACUGCGUCCCACUCGACCCCCCCGCGCUUUCUAACAUCGAAGCAUCAGUAUGCCGAAUCUCACUGACUGGACACGC